AUGAUCUUGUUCAACCGUAAAGCAACCUUUGCCCUCGUAGCCGUCACAACCAUCCUCUCAAAAGUCGUCCACAUUUACGCCCACUACGGCGCACUUCAAGAAGGACAAUUGACCCGAUGGUGCUACUCAUUCUUCUUGCAAGACGUCGUCCUACUCGUCAUCUGUCAUCUCUUUGUCGCACGAAAGCUCGACGUCAACCGAUCCAGGACACUACGCGUCCUCGUAGGAUUUGGAGGCACCCUUCUCCUCUCAACCUCCGUCUUUGUCUCUCUCUCAAACGCAUGCGUCUUCUACAACUCGGGCGUAGAAGUUCACUGGGCAAACGCCACCCUCGCAAACGACGCUGCAGGCCGUCGCACCCUUCUCUCAGGCCUCUGGCCCUCCAUCUACAUCACCCUUGCUUGCAUCGCAACCGCCGCCUUUUUGCAAUGGCCCCUCUACUUUAUCUUUGAAAUCUUCUCCAACCUCCUUUCCGCACCCUUCAUCGCAAUGGCCUAUGUCAUGGCUGUCGGGCCCCGCCACCUCUUCCGCCGCACCACCUGGCGCGCAUGGCUCGCCUCUGCUAGGCAACGAAUUACCUCUGGCUCCAUCGACCUCGAAGCUUGCGAACCAAAAGACUUUGACCUCGACGAGACUUCCAGUGACGAGCGCCUCAACCUUCGCAACUGGCCAUGGGUGCUCCUCUUCCAGAUCUUCACCCACGCUGCCGGCCUGGCCGCCCUUCUUGCCAUGUUCAUCCUCUUCAUGAUCCGCCCCCACAAGGCGACGCUCAAGCUCAUGACAUGGACUGCCAUCGUCUCGCCAUUCGUCGCCUUGGGCAGCGCGUCCGAGGCCCUGGCAAAGAUGAAGCCCCUCUACAAGUCGGGCAUCGGCUUCAAGUGGGACGGUAGGACCGCCAUGAGCCGUCCAACAAAGUACGAGUGGUUGCCGUCCGACCGCGAGCCCGCAGGUUUCGAGGACUGGUACCACGACAGAAGGCAUUACACAGCCUCGCAUGACCCUCUCAAGAUCAGCAACUUGCACGACGACGUUUUGGAGGCUCUCGGCGACCUCAAGACUGUGCCGAUCCGCCAUGUCAUUACCAUUCUCCUCGAGAGCACACGCAAAGACGUCUUCCCCCUCAAGAAGGAUGGUGUGAUCGCCCAGCGCUUUGCCGACACGUGGGACAACAAGGAGUUCCCCUCUGACGUCGAAGAGCGGCUGCGUAAUAUAUCCGCGACGGCACGUCACCUCACCGGCGACUUUGAUCAUGGCUUUGCGCCCCCCCAGGGCGAGGGCGAGGUCGAGAACGAAAGCGGGGCCGAGGACAAGAUGAAGAAGCCUCGCGGCGGAAUCUCGUUCGAGGACACUUUUGUCACCUCGACCUACACCCUCAAGAGCGUUGCGGGGUCCUUGUGUGGCGUGGUCCCCCUCAUCGUGGACUUUAACCGCGAGUACAAGAAGCAUCUUUAUCAGCCAUGCCUGCCGCAUGUGCUUGACGUUCUUGGAAGACUCAACCACAAAGGCGAGGAAGGCUACCGCUCGUACCCCUGGAAGUCGACCUUCAUGCAGUCGGCCACUAGCACGUUUGACGAGCAGAAGAACCUUGUCUGGAAAAUGGGCUACGGUCACUUUUACGACAAGGAGUAUCUCCAGGCCGACUAUGCCAAGUUUGGCAAGGUCACGCUCCCCGACGUAAACUACUUCAGCGUCCCAGAGGACCCACUGCUCGACUACAUCAAGGACGAGUUCAACAUGGCAAAGGAGAAUGACAAGCGUAUCAUGAUUACGCACCUAACGAGCACGAGUCACCACCCCUACGGCAUUCCGGACACGGACAAGCCAGACGAAAAGUACAAGGAGCUAGGCAAGGGCCUGGACGACCUGUCCAAGUGGGUGAAUGCCAUUGGGUACGACGACCGGUGGCUGGCCAAGAUUCUCGGUGCGCUUGACGAUCUCGGGGUGGCCAACGAGACGCUCGUUGUGAUGGUGGGCGAUCACGGCUUGUCGAUCCCCGAGAACGGCAAGUUGCCGACCUACUACAACCCGUACACGAUCAACAACAUUGUGCCCAUGGUCUUCUCCCACCCGCUCCUCCCGCCGAUCAAGGUCCAGUCGUCGGUGACGUCGCGAGACAUUGUGCCGACGAUUCUAGACCUGUUGGCUGAGACGGGGUCGCUCUCCAAGCCGGCAACCAAGGCUGCGCGCGACCUCACGGCCAACUACGAGGGCCAGUCUAUGAUCCGACCAAUCCGGACCAAGACGCUGAACGACGUCGCCAAUUGGCAGUUCACAGUUGUGAAUCCCGGCGGGGAGCAACUGACGAUCCGCGACGCGGAGCACAAACAGUGGGUGCUCACUGUGCCCGUGGGCGACGCGACCGACGUCGAGUGGCAGUUCAGCGCGGACAUCCACAACGCGCAGGUGACCCUCGACCUCGAGUUCCACGACUUUCUGCGCAAGGUCGAGACCAAGUUUGGCGUCGAGGCCGCCGAGUGGGCCGAGCAGGCCGCCUUCAUCGGCCGCUGGUGGGUCCAGGAGAACUGGCGGCGGUGGCGGCACGGUCCGUACUCGCGCCUGUAG